CAGAUUUAUAGGUGGCAAAAAAGGCAAAAUUCCUGCAUAUCCGUGACUGGUGCUUGGCUCGCAAGCCAAGAAAGCUGUUUCAUUGCGGAAAUGCUUCUUGCACUCUCUUUCGCUUUCUGCUUUGGUCACGAACUAAAAGUCCUUUCCCUUCUUAUAAACAAUGGGUGAAGGAAAUACAUCCGCAGAUAGUUUCUCCUUCGUUCACGACCCGCACGCUGCUCAAACUACAGCCACCGCUCCUCAUGUCGACCGUGACAUUCCAGUCAAACUGUUGUACUCGAAAUCCAAAGUGUAUGUGCAUCCGUCUUCCAAUGUCCAAGACUUCAUUCCAGGCUAUUUGUCGAUAGUCGGAAAAGCAUCACAUGAAUAUCUUGUGGCCUGGACACCAGAAGCACUUAUUCCAACGAAAGAUUUGGAAGCAUUUGUGCAAGUCAACCAAGCAGCAAAAAUUCAACCUUUCGAUUUAGUUUCGACGGUGAUGAUACCCUCCGAUAGCGAUAUCCCAGAAGUUUGCAAUCUGUAUGCGCUAUCAAUUUCUGUGCAUGAUAUAUCUUCAUUUUUGAUUACUGCACCUUCUAUCAAACAAUGGUAUGGCAAUAUUGUGAUCAAUUUUAAAGAUGGCCACUCGUCAGCACCUCUAUGGUUCCAUGAUGAUGAAAGCCGCAGCACGGUGCUUCAAAAAAAGACCCAAGGAGGAAAGUUUUCAGCUGAUCCUCAGGAUAAACAACAGCUACGCUGGGGUGGCGACGAGUUUAUGGAACGGCUUUCCAAAAUUCUACCUAUUGCUCGCUCUUCCGAAUCUUCCAAUCUCUAUAUUGUAUCAAAAGAGAAGGUCGAGGAAUCGUUCGAUGAGAAAAAACCGCUGGCGCCUCAAAGUGCAGACAAACCAACGGCAAGAGCCACCGCUUCCUCAGCUGGUCCUCAUCGAUCGCCUUCGGUGUUUGAAUCGACACAAAUGGAUCCUUUUGUAGCGACACUGAAAGAAGCGAAAUGGAAUUUACUUGAAAAAUUCUCUCGAGUGACCAAAUUUUCUCGUGAAACUGCAGCCAAUAUUCUCGGUCAUCCGGCAUCAAAAUCAUUUAUGCCCCUACUGCCACCGGGGAUGCAAUCAAUGGCCCAUAACGAAACAGUACAAAAAACCAUGGAAGACUACGAUUCUGCUCGUAUUUUCUUGGCAAAAUGGGCGGCAGGACUGGCCGCUCAGUCGGAGCAGGCCACACCAGUGGAGCGACGAUAUCGAAAUGUAGGCGUUUGGGGCCAUGAUGGUUGGGAAGAAAACACAGCACUUGGAGUUUUUGAAAUCCUGAAUUCUGAGAAUGAUUUAUCCAUUCCAACACAUACCCGAACACCACCUGUCACUGCGCAACAGUGGCGCUCAUUUUUCGACGACGAUGGUAAACUUACGGUAGGUUUACCCUACGUUCGCAAAGCCAUCUUUUGCGGUGGCAUGGUCCCGGAAAUACGUAAAGAUGCUUGGUUAUUCCUGAACCAUGUAUUUCCCUGGGAUUCCACAUCAACCGAACGUCUCCAGAUGCGAAAAGACAAAAUUGCCACUUACGAAUCCCUCAAAGCAAAAUGGAAAAAUAAUGACAGUGUUCUGUCCAGCGCCAAAUUUCAGGAUCAAAAACAUAGAAUAGACAAGGAUGUGCAUCGUACGGACCGAACCGUUCCCUUCUACGAAAAAGACGACAUCGCCACACCCGAUCACGCGGUAUACGCCACAACAAACGAGAAUCUCGAAACGCUGAAGAAUAUUCUCUGCACCUAUAACAUUUACGAAACCGAAUUGGGUUAUGUGCAAGGCAUGUCGGAUCUUUUAUCGCCUCUCUAUGCGGUGAUUCAGGACGAGCCCAUGUCGUUUUGGGCAUUUGCAGGGUUCAUGGAACGCACUAAGUCGAAUUUUUAUUUGGAUCAAUCCGGCAUGCACAGCCAAUUGUUAACCAUGGAUCUUCUCUUGCAAUUUAUGGAUCCGAUUCUGUACAAACACUUUCAGCGUACCGAUAGCCAAAAUCUAUUCUUCUGUUUCCGGUGGUUAUUGGUCUGGUUUAAGCGCGAAUUCGAAUGGGAUGACGUGUUGACAUUAUGGGAAGUGUUGUGGACCGAUCAUCUAUCGUCUCAAUUCCAUUUAUUUGUUGCUUUGGCUAUUUUAGAUCAGCAUCGCGACGUGAUCAUUGAUUACCUCCAAACAUUUGAUGAGAUUCUAAAGUACAUCAACGAUUUAUCAAUGACAAUGAACGUACAAGAAAUAUUGCAGAGAGCCGAAAUCCUUUUCUACCAAUUUCGGCAACGCGUAGAGGCAGUGGAUAACAAACGUGGGCAAUUGCGUUCAAUUAUGUCGAAAGAAGCGGUCGGGGACGAGCAGCAACGUAAAGACGCUCAGGCCGAUCUUGAAAGAUUACCAAUAAUCAAUGACUUACUCCGCGAAUUACUGGUAAAAUCAUGA